AUGACCAUCAUCAAUCAUUCCCAUUGUUGUUAUAUCUUCUUGGGUGAGGCACCGCCCCGGUCAAACUCGUUCUCGAAGCUGACUGCUUCUCCGGGAUCGCGGCCAGACACGCCCGGACAGAUCAAGCGAGUAUCCAGGCCUUCGUCGUCCUCGUCGACGAGAGGAGGCACCAUGGGCGCCUCGCUUCAGCAGUUGCCGCCAGAGCCCUCUUCUUCGUCUUCCCGGCCCAAUUCGUCGUCCCGGCAAGGCACUCUUGCAGCGUCGCUUCCGCAACCGCCGCCUGAGCCACCAGCUCAGUCCGCAGAGGCCUUCGGCGACCUGCCGAACGCCGUGCCGGAGGUGUUCGAGGAGGUCACGCCACCUCCACCUCCACCUCCGCCACAGAGAAGGGAGGAGCACACGUUGGAGCGCCUCUCUCAGGAAGAUCCUCUCAAGGAGUUGGGACUGGUUCGCCGCGACUUCGGCGACAACGAUGACCAUCUGUCAGAUGAUGAUGUGAUAUGCGAGUGCGAUGUAACGGCCGAUACGACAGUUGGAGUGGUACAAGAAGCCGUGCUUUGCAGUCUUCAGGAGAGUGGUAGCGCACAGGACUUGAGCAAGAUCGUGUUGCUGCACCAGGGCAAGUUCUUGACUGAUGGAAGACAGACUUUGCAACAAGCCGGCCUGCAUGACACAGUCUGCGUCCUUCAAGCGCUGCAGUGCCAGCGUUCUCUUAUGGCUGCAGCAUGUGACGACAAGCAUAUCGCCUUGGUUGACGUGGAGACUCACUCAGCUAUUCGCUCCUUCGUGGCUCACUCGGAACCUGUCCAGUGCGUUGCAUUCUCGCCUGCUGGAAGAUUUCUGGCCAGUGGCUCGCACGACUGCACGGUGCGCAUUUGGGAGGUCAGUCAAAACAUGCCUUGCGUGAAGGUGUUGCAAGGCCACCAGGAUGCUGUCGCAUCCGUUGCUUUCACACCUGACGGAGGCGGCCUGUUGACCGCAUCCUGGGACGAGGAUGCGAAGUUGUGGCGCUGGGAAGCCGGAGAGUGUGUUCUGACACUCUCAGGCCAUGCCAUGUCUGUCAAUUCUGUGUCGCCCUCCUCAGAUGGUCGGCUCAUUGUGACAAGCUCCAAUGAUGAAACCGCAAGAGUUUGGUGCAGCGAGAGUGGCAAAUGCUUGUCCGUGCUCACCGGUCAUCGCCAUUUUGUUGUUUCGGGCAAGUUCUCGCAUGAUUCGUGCACAGUGUUGACGGCUUCACUUGACCGCACUGCCAAGACAUGGGAUGUGACAGAUGGCCACUGCUGCGUGACGUUUGCGGGUCACUCCAGCUUCGUGCAGUUUGCGGAGUACUCCUGCGAUGGCAACUUGGUGGUUACUGCUUCCGAGGAUGAGUCUGCCAAGGUUUGGAAGCUGAACGGGGAGUGCCUUUUUACUCUUUCCGAUAAUUCUCUUAAUGCUUGCCUCAUUCGUGCAACUUUCGACCCUCAAGACCAGAUUGUAGUUCUAGCAAGCUAUGGGGGCCACAUCCACUUCUGGCAGGCUGGAGAGGAUCCACGUUUGCUUUCCACCACCACACUUCGGCACAGAUGCUUGAAUGAUGUGCGUGGCAUGUCGGAGAAGAGGGCGCAGGAGGAGGCCACCGAGCCAGUGAUUCUGGGCUCCGAGAGAGAGAACUGCAUUCUGGACCGAAACAUUAAAGUUCAACCAUGCGAGAUGAGAGACAGCACCCUUGGACUCGAGCCGAGCCUCUGUCACGAACUCACGAACCACCUGAACGCUGCCUCUGCAUGGCAAGGCAUGUCGGAUGCCAAUCUGGCAGCCUCCCAGUGGCUGGGAACGAUGAGUUCACCUGCGGCCAUCCAGGGUACCAACAUCAAAUGGGUACGGGGUGAAAGCGUUGGUCGGGGCGCCCUUGGAAACGUUUUCCAGGCCCUGGAUCAGGAAAGCGGAUCGCUCUUUGCGGUCAAGGAGGUGUUGAUCAACACAUCAGAUGCUGCCGAUCUUCAGUUCAAGCACGCGCUGGAGAACGAGAUUCAGAUCUGCUCAGCUCUGAAGCAUCCAAGCAUUGUCACAUAUUUGGGUCACGACUCGAUCGCUGACAACCUCUAUAUCUACAUGGAGUACAUGAUCGGUGGGUCGAUGUCCAGUGUGCUGCAUCAGUUCGGUGCCUUCGAGGAGGGCUUGAUCAGCAAGUACGCCCGGGAUAUGCUGGAAGGGCUGGACUACUUGCACACGCGAAGCCCACCAGUAUUGCAUCGAGACAUCAAGAGCGCGAAUGUCCUGAUGGGGCAGAGCGCAGAUGGCGGAGAGCUCUGUGCCAAGUUGGCAGACUUCGGCUGCUCAAAGAGGAAUGAGGAGUCCUUUUCCACCACACUGAAGGGCUCCAUCCCGUUCAUGGCACCAGAGGUCGUGAAGAAUGUCGGAUACGGAAGGAUGGCCGACAUCUGGAGCUUUGGCUGCGUCAUCAUCGAGAUGGGCACAGCUCAACCGCCUUGGGGGAAGUUCGACAACCCGAUGGCUGCCAUGUAUAAGAUCGGCAUGUCCAGCGAGACGCCUCCCUUGCCGACUUCCUUCUCCGAGCGCUGUGUCGACUUCACUCGACGGUGUUUGCAGCGUGAGCCCACGCAGAGGGCUGGAGCAGCAGACUUGUUGCAACAUCCCUUCGCCGCUUGGUAG